GUAUGUGAUGUGUUGUGUAAUUUGUUUUGCAUAUGAAACGCUCAUAAAGAUUGCAAAAAAGAACAAUAUCUUUAUCUUUAAAAAAAUCUUUUGAAAAAAGAACUUUAUCUUUUCCUAUGCCAAAAUAAUCUAUCCAUUAGUAAAAGUCACUAAAUGAUUGACAUAGCAAGGGAAAAGUCAUACCCCACACCAGUUGCCCAAUCUCCUCUUUUAAGGUUAUUACUUCUCUCAUUGGCCACUCAGAAGAAUUCUCCAUCCAACACCAAAACACCAGAUUCUAUUCUGCCUGAAUAUGACUUUAUAGUAGUGGGAGCUGGCUCAGCUGGAGCUACUGUUGCCAGUCGUUUAUCAGAAAUAUCAUGUGUGAACGUGCUAUUAUUAGAAGCAGGAGGCAAACCCCCACUUCUUAAUGAUGUUCCUGCAUUUGGAAAUACUUUUUGGAACUCUGAUCUCGAUUGGGCUUAUAAAACUACACCCCAGAAACACACUGGCACGUCUUUAAAAAACAGGCAAAUAAUCUGGCCGAAAGGUAAAGGCUUGGGUGGUUCAAGUUUGUUGAAUAGUCUGCUUGUAAUCAGAGGAAAUAAGAAAAAUUAUGAUGAUUGGGCAAGACAAGGUGCUACAGGAUGGAGCUAUCCUGAGGUUUUACCAUAUUUUAAAAAACUUGAAGACAAUCAAAAUCAGUUAUAUGUGGAUAGUGGUUACCAUGGAAAAGGUGGUCCAGUAUGUGCACAAAAUAUACCUUAUUUUCCUCCCCUGAAGCGUAAAGUUUUUGCAGCAGCUGAAGAAAUGGGACAUGAAAUACUGGAUUCAAAUGGACCACGACAAACAGAAUUUGAUGUCCAAGGCAGUCUUCGAAAUGGCCAAAGAUGCCACACUGGUAAAGCCUAUUUGGUACCAGCCGAAAACAGAACUAAUUUGGAUAUACUAACUCAUGCUUUUGUCCAUAAGGUUGUUAUCAAAAACUACAAAGCAGUAGGUGUGUCGUUUGAUGUAAAUGGAACAAUGCAUGAGGUGAAAUCAAGAAAAGAAAUCAUUGUUUCCGCAGGAACAAUAAACUCGGCUCAAUUGCUCAUGCUGUCUGGUAUAGGACCUAAGGAUGAACUUGAAAAACAUAAGAUUCCAGUUGUGGCAGAUUUACCUGUGGGAGAAAAUUUACAAGACCACUGCACAGCUUUUAGUGGAUUUGAACUGAAUCAAAAAUUUCGUUGCAUCUCCGAAAAACUAGCUAGCAACCGUAGUAUACUCCAAUAUGUAAAACACAGGUCAGAGCAAGGGUUUGAGGUGAAAUAUACUAAAAUGGCCUACAAGCAAUACUUCGAACCUUAUGCAGGCAAAGCGGCAGGAUUUUGUAAUUCUCAAAUUCUUCAACCAAAAAGCAGAGGCACAGUAAAAUUACAAUCGUCAAAUGCUUAUGAUCCUCCUCUAAUUGAUCCGAAUUAUUUUGAUGAAUCUCAAGAUUUAAAUGAUGCCUACAAGCAAUACUUCGAACCUUAUGCAGGCAAAGCGGCAGGAUUUUGUAAUUCUCAAAUUCUUCAACCAAAAAGCAGAGGCACAGUAAAAUUACAAUCGUCAAAUGCUUAUGAUCCUCCUCUAAUUGAUCCGAAUUAUUUUGAUGAAUCUCAAGAUUUAAAUGAUGUAAUUGAAGGAAUGAAAACUUGUCAAAAGAUUUUAGCUAGUCGUGCAAUGAGGAAGAUUCGAGCAAAACCAUUCAACACUACGUAUCCUGGCUGUGAAAAUUUUGAAGCAUUCUCUUAUGAAUACUAUAAGUGUCAAGCUUUAGCCAUAACUUUCAGUCAAAGCCACGAAGUUGGUACAGUCAAAAUGGGAAAUCCAAACGACCGUUCUACUGUAGUUGAUCCCGAAUUGAGGGUAAAAGGCAUCAAGGGUUUGCGUGUAGUAGAUGCUUCGAUUAUGCCGUUAAUACCUUCAGGAAAUACAAAUAUACCUACAAUCAUGGUGGCAGAGAAAGCAUCAGAUAUAAUAAAAGGAGCUGUAAACUGUUAGAACAAUAAAAAAGUU